UGAUACUAUAACCUACGUUCACGCGACACCAAAAUAAACACCGCACAUGUAGUUUCAAACUUUCCUCUGGAAGGCUUUAAAAAUGCCGAAGGAACAAUAUAGAGAGGCCGAUGUGGCCAGAAAGAUUUCCCAUGUGAGUUUUGGUGUUGAAAGUGCUGAAAGCAUGCAACAGCAGGCUCAUAUUCACAUAGUUUCAAAGAAUUUAUACAAUCAAGAUGCCCAACGUACCCCGAUUCCCUACGGAGUUCUUGAUAAAAGACUGGGCACAAACUCAAAAGACUCCCCCUGCUCAACAUGCAACAAAAAUAUCAAUGAAUGUGUUGGCCACUUUGGAUAUAUUGAUCUUGAACUGCCUGUGUUUCAUGUGGGUUACUUCAGGAGUAUAAUUUGUAUUUUACAAUGCAUCUGCAAGAGAUGUGGGGAACUAUUAAUGACUGAACAGGACAAGCAGCAGUUUAGAGCUAGACUGUGCAAUCCAAAUCUAAGCUACAUGACAAAGAAAGCUAUCAGGAAGAAGAUUAUUGAGAAGAGCAAGAAGAUAAGCAAAUGCUUCAAAUGCAAGGGUGUCAAUGGAGUGGUAAAAAAACUAACAGCUAGCAAAUCUGGUGGUUCUGCUGGUGGAGUUUUAAAAAUUAUUCAUGAGAAAUUUAGGGGUAGAAAGGAAAGAGAUCCUGUUCUUCAAGCAACUCUAGCUGAGUUUAAUCCUGCAAUUGAAUUAAACCCUGAGUUGCAAUCAGCAGUAACAAAUAUGACUUACAUGGAAGCAUUAACACCAAUUGAUGUUUUAAAAUUGUUUGAACAAAUACCCAUUGAGGAUAUACCCCUCUUGGCUAUGGAUGCUACAAAAUCAAGACCAGUAGAUUUAAUUUUCACCAGAAUGCUUGUUCCUCCGGUUUGCAUAAGACCAUCAGUUGUCUCAGAUUUAAAAGCGGGAACGAAUGAAGAUGAUUUGACAAUGAAGCAAUCUGAAAUCAUUUUCAUUAAUGAUGUGAUAAAAAAACAUAAGUUGUCCGGCGCGUCGGUGAACAUGUAUCAAGAGGGUUGGGACUUUUUGCAGCUUCAAACUGCAAUGUAUAUUAAUAGUGAAUUGUCUGGAGUUCCUCUAUCAAUGAUGCCGAAGAAACCUGGCCGUGGAUUGGUUCAAAGGCUGAAAGGUAAACAAGGACGAUUUCGUGGUAACUUAUCAGGCAAACGAGUUGAUUUCUCUUCAAGAACUGUGAUCUCGCCGGAUCCCAAUUUGGAAAUUGAUCAAGUAGGUGUACCGUGCCAUAUAGCAAAAAUCUUAACAUUCCCCGAGCGCGUCACAAGAGCAAACAUAAACCUUAUGAAAAAAUUAGUCAUGAAUGGUCCAGACCAAUGGCCCGGCGCAAAUUACGUGCAACAAAAAGGCUCACAAUUCAAAAAGUUCCUAAAGUACGGCAACCGUGAAAAACUCGCCCAAGAAUUAAAACUUGGUGAUUUAGUCGAGCGGCAUCUGCACAACAACGACGUGGUCUUGUUCAAUCGUCAGCCAAGUUUACACAAGUUAUCUAUUAUGGCGCACAAAGCCAAAAUUCACAAUCAUCGCACAUUCCGGUUUAACGAAUGCGUCUGCAAUCCAUACAAUGCGGAUUUCGACGGCGAUGAAAUGAAUCUGCACUUGCCACAAACAGAGGAGGCCAAAGCCGAAGCGCUUAUCUUAAUGGGGAAUAAAAGUAAUUUGGUCACGCCCAGAAACGGCGAAUUACUAAUCGCAGCCACACAAGACUUUUUGACCGGUGCAUAUUUGAUAACAAGCAAGAAUACUUUCUUGGAUUAUCAACAUGCGUCUCAAUUGGCGGCUAGUCUGCUUGCUGGUAAUGAUAGCAAUAUGACAUUGCAUUUACCAACUCCAGCGAUAAUAAAACCGAGACCAUUCUGGACUGGUAAACAAAUUAUGAGUAUGAUUUUCCGUCCUAAUCGCGAUUGCCCAGUCAAAGCCAAUCUUGAAGCGAAGGGCAAAGCAUAUACAAAGAAUCGGGAAAUGUGCGUAAAGGAUUCCUAUGUUAUUAUUAGAAAUUCUGAAUUGUUGGCUGGAACUUUAGAUAAGGGUCAUUUGGGUUCUGGCGGAAAGGGUGGGAGUAUAUUUUAUGUUAUCCUGCGUGAUUUUGGAGAGGAUUUUUCGAUUAAAUCAAUGUGGCGCUUAGCUCGAAUGGCGUCAUAUUAUCUGAUGAAUACCGGAUUUUCCAUUGGGAUUGGCGAUGUAACACCUGGUGAGAACUUAAUUAGACGAAAAAUGGCGCUAUUAAGCGAUGGGUACAGAAAUUGCGAUGGUUAUAUUAAGGAUAUGAAUGAGGGAAAGUUACAAACCCAACCCGGUUGCUCUGUGGAAGAAUCCUUGGAAGCUGUAAUUUUGAAAGAGUUGUCCGUUAUUCGUGAACACGCCGGACAGGCUUGUGUUGCUGAAUUACAUCCCACAAAUAGUCCUUUGAUUAUGGCUCUUUCUGGAUCGAAAGGUUCAUUUAUUAACAUUUCACAAAUGAUUGCUUGUGUGGGCCAACAAGCCUUGAACGGAAAACGAGUACCGAACGGAUUUGAAGACAGAUCCUUGCCUCAUUUUGCCAGGAAUUCACGUACUCCAGCUGCUAAAGGUUUUGUUGAAAACAGUUUCUAUUCCGGUUUAACACCCACAGAAUUUUUCUUCCAUACAAUGGGAGGCAGAGAAGGCUUAGUUGAUACUGCUGUAAAAACAGCUGAAACCGGGUACAUGCAGCGACGUCUUGUUAAAUCCUUGGAAGAUCUUGUUGUACAUUAUGACGGAUCGGUCCGUAAUGCCGAAGGAGACAUUGUACAAUUUACCUAUGGUUGCGAUGGUUUGGACCCGACUUACAUGGAAGGCAAAGAUUGUCCGGUUGAUUUUGACAGAGUGCUAGAACAUGUAAAAGCAAAACAUCCUUACAGGGAAGAAAAACCACUUGAUGGAAAUCAAAUCAUGCGGGCGACCAAAGCACUAAUCACCAGCAGUGAUAACGCUUUAGGGGCUUGUAGUGAUGACUUUAAAAGAGAACUGAGCGAUUUUAUUCAUGGGAUAGCAGCAAAGGUAGACGCAAUAAAUUUGAACUACAAAAUUUCAACUGGUCCCUUCAAAGAGGUCGAACGUGUAACCUGCAGUCAACUAGUAACAUUUGUUGAAACAUGCGGACAAAAGUAUACACGUUCCAUAAUUGAACCUGGAACUGCGGUAGGUGCGUUAGCCGCGCAGAGUAUUGGCGAACCAGGAACGCAGAUGACCCUCAAGACUUUCCAUUUUGCUGGUGUUGCUAGCAUGAACAUUACUCAAGGUGUGCCGCGUAUCAAAGAAAUUAUCAACGCUAGUAAAAACAUCUCAACGCCUAUCAUCACGGCGUGCUUGGUGGAUCCUUAUGACCCGGAGUUUUCAAGAAGAGUAAAAGGCAGAAUUGAAAGGACAACGCUUGGGGAAAUUACUACUUAUAUCGAAGAUGUUUACACCAAACAUGAUGCAUUCCUGCUUAUUCAGUUGAAUUAUGAGAGAAUAAAGCUGUUGCAAUUGGAAGUGAAUGCGAAUUCGAUUAGGUAUAAUUUAUGUACGUCUAAAUUGAAGCUGAAGCCAAGCGAUGUACGCGUGCAGAGCGAAACUAUACUCACUGUCCAUCCAAAUCAUUCGAAACAUGGCUAUAGAUUGAAUUUCAAUAUGCAUGAGUUAAAGGACCUCAUACCGAAUGUUGUUAUUAAAGGCUUGCCAACUGUAAAUCGAGCAGUAAUCGCUAAAAAAGAAAAAGGUGGAAAGACAAUGUACAACUUGUGCGUCGAAGGCGACAACUUACGUGAAGUAAUGGCGACCUAUGGCGUCGACGCCAGGAAAACCUUCUCCAAUAACAUCAUCGAAGUUUACAAUACGCUGGGAAUCGAAGCUGCAAGGGAAACAAUCAUGACUGAAAUCAAAAUGGUAAUGGAAAAUCACGGUAUGAGUGUCGACUUUCGACAUAUCAUGCUUCUGGCGGCGCAGAUGACGCACACCGGGGAAGUUCUUGGCAUCACACGUUAUGGCCUUGCGAAAAUGAAACAAUCGGUGCUGAAUCUGGCCUCGUUUGAGCGAACUGCUGAUCAUUUAUUCGACGCGGCGUAUUACGGUCAAACCGAUCGUAUUAAUGGCGUGUCAGAGAACAUCAUCAUGGGUAUGCCUGCCCCGAUUGGUACCGGAAUAUUUAAACUGCUACAUAAACCGUUGAAGGUUGAUCCCAUCGUGGAGAAAACCCAUUUGUUAUUUGAAUCGGCCCUCGAUGAUGAUCUAUGAAAAUAUUUUGUAUAUUGAUAUCUUGUUAAUUAAUUACUUUUGGUUCAUGUUUAUUGCAGCAGUUUUGAAUUAAACAUGUUUUUUAUUGGA